AUGGGAGAAGGAGGCUAUGAGUGGAGAGGAUACGGGUUUCUGGUUCUGAACAAGCUUGUUCUCCCCGUCGUCUGUAGAAAGCGGGUUGGCGGGGAGAUAAGCAGGAGGAGGAGGAGGAGGAGGAGGAGAGGAGGAGGAGGAGGAGGAGGAGGAGGAGGAGGAGGAGGAGGAGGAGGAGGAGGAGGAGGAGGAGGAGGAGGAGGAAGCGGGAAGCAGCGGAGGAGGAGGAAUACGAUUUGGGGGAGGAAGCGGGAAGCAGCGGA